AUGAAUAUCCUACACUCAACACUAUCAACCUGGCGGGACCGCCUGGCGCCAGUAUCACGAACCUCGACUUUCCGAAACACCGGCCAAAUCACACCCGAGGAGUUCGUUCUCGCGGGCGACUACCUAGUCUACAAGUUCCCCACAUGGUCCUGGGGCGACGCAUCAAGUCCAGCAAAGCGAGUCUCCUAUCUACCAGCUGGCAAGCAGUUCCUCGUGACCCGCGGCGUGCCCUGUCACCGACGACUGAACGAUAACUUCGCCGGCGACGCGGGGCUUGAGGAUGAGAUCGUGAGGGAUUUCCUAUCUGGCGGUGACGGCGGCGAAAAUGCUGCGGAUGGGGAGGAUGGCUGGGGGCGCGACACUGCUGGCGACCAGGAUAAGCAGGAAGCUAGGAUCCGGGAUGUGCGGACGGUCGAUGAAUCUGGGAAUCUGGGGGAGCAGGAGGAUGAUGAUGAGAUCCCGGAUAUGGAAGACGACGACGAUGACGAGGAGGCUAUUAUUCGAGAGCCGGCUGGCCAGGCUGGGACUACGCAACCUCUCCGCACUUACACACUCUACAUCACAUACUCUAACUUCUACCGCACACCCCGCCUAUAUCUAUCUGGGUAUUUGUCCCCAUCAGAACCACUUCCACCACAUUUAAUGAUGGAGGAUAUCGUCGGUGACUACAAGGACAAGACGGUAACGCUAGAGGACUUCCCCUGGUUCGAAGGAAGUGUCAAGAUGGCCAGUGUGCACCCCUGCCGCCACGCCUCCGUGAUGAAGACGCUCCUUGACCGGGCCGACGCAGCACUCAAGCUGCGCCGCGAGAAGAUCAAGCAGACCCAGUCACGCGAAGAAGCGAGCCGGGUUCUACGAACUGGCGGGAACAGCGGGUUGGAAGGCCUAGUAGAUGAGACGCAGGGCCUAUCGCUCGGUGAACAUCAGGCACAACCCGGCGGGGAUGAGUGGGAGAUGCUCCAGCACGAUGAGGACGAGCAAGUUGCCAUUCGAGUGGAUCAGUACUUGGUUGUGUUCCUCAAGUUUAUUGCCAGCGUGACGCCAGGCAUUGAACAUGAUUUCACAAUGGGGGUAUGA